AUGGAACUGUCCGAGGUCCGGUGCUCCAGCGCGAGCGAGGAGCUGUACACCAUCAACCGGACACCGAGCAGCAACAACAGCAACAGCAGCGGCAGCGCGCGACCCAAACGGCUGCUGUGGCAGAACGCGGUGCGGCACAUCACCGAGCAGCGCUUCAUCCACGAGCAGGGCGGGGGAGGCGGAGGAGGGGUGAAGGGCAUCGGGCCGGACGAGCCCUACGACCCGAGCCAGGGCGCGCGGAAGCAGUCGGCGGGGCGGACGUCGGUGGGAGACCGGCACAACAACGGCGGGACCAAGGUGUUCCCGGAGCGCGCCAGCAGCGACCUGGGCUUCCUGCAGAUCGACUGCGCGCCGAGCAACUCGGACUUCUUCCUGAACUGGGGCUACACGUACCGGGGCGUCAUCUUCCCCACGCUGCGCAACGCCUUCAAGUCCCGCGACCUGGAGCGGCUGUACCAGCGCUACUUUCUGGGCCAGAGGCGCAAGUCGGUGGUGGUGAUGAACAUCCUGGACGUGGUGACCAAGCUCACCCUGCUGGUGCUGCACCUCACCCUGGCCUCCUCCCCGAUGGACCCGAUCAAAGGGACGCUCCUGGGCUUCUUCACGGGCAUCGAGGUCGUCAUUUGUGCCUUAGUGGUGGUGCGGAAGGACACCACGUCGCACAGCUACCUGCAGUACAGCGGCGUGGUCACCUGGGUGGCCAUGGCCACGCAGAUCCUGGCGGCCGGGCUGGGCUACGGGCUGCUGGGGGACGGGGUGGGAUACGUGCUGUUCACCCUGUUCGCCACCUACAGCAUGCUGCCGCUGCCGCUCACCUGGGCCAUCAUGGCCGGCCUGUUCACCUCCGGGCUCCACAUCCUGGUCCAGCUGCUCAUCUCCCAGAAUGCACAGCUCUCUACCAACCAGGUAGCGGCUCAGGCUGUGCUGUUCAUGUGUAUGAACACUGCUGGGAUAUUCAUCAGUUACCUGUCCGAUCGGGCUCAGCGCCAGGCCUUCCUGGAGACGCGGCGAUGCAUCGAGGCACGGCUGCGACUCGAGACGGAGAACCAGAGACAGGAGAGACUGGUGUUAUCAGUCCUGCCACGUUUUGUAGUUUUGGAAAUGAUCAACGACAUGACAAAUGUAGAGGACGAACACCUCCAGCAUCAGUUUCACAGAAUCUACAUCCACCGCUAUGAGAAUGUCAGCAUUCUUUUCGCAGAUGUUAAAGGCUUCACCAACCUCUCCACGACGCUGUCAGCGCAGGAGCUGGUGCGAAUGUUGAAUGAACUCUUUGCACGCUUCGAUCGUCUCGCACACGAGCACCACUGUCUACGAAUAAAGAUCCUGGGAGACUGUUACUACUGCGUGUCUGGUCUGCCCGAGCCCAGGCAGGACCACGCCCACUGCUGUGUGGAGAUGGGCCUCAGCAUGAUCAAAACCAUCAGAUACGUGAGAUCACGUACGAAACACGACAUCGACAUGCGGAUUGGGAUCCACUCGGGCUCCGUGCUGUGCGGCGUGUUGGGACUCAGGAAGUGGCAGUUCGAUGUCUGGUCCUGGGACGUGGACAUCGCCAACAAGCUGGAGUCUGGCGGGAUCCCAGGGAGGAUCCACAUCUCCAAAGCUGCUUUGGACUGUUUGAACGGCGACUACGAGGUGGAGGAAGGGCACGGGAAGGACCGCAAUGACUUCCUCCGCCGCCACAACAUCGAGACAUACCUCAUCAAGCAGCCGGAGGAGAGUCUGCUCACCCUGCCGGAGGACAUCAUGAAGGAGGCGGCAAGCUCGGUAGACCGCCGGGCCAGCAGCACCACCUUCAACGAGGCGUCCUGGAGCCCAGAGCUUCCCUUUGACAACAUUGUGGGGAAGCAGAACACUCUGGCUGCCCUAACGAGAAAUUCGAUAAAUCUGCUUCCAAACCAUCUCGCACAAGCUUUGCAUGUCCACUCUGGUCCUGAGGAAAUUAACAAGCGAAUAGAGAGCGCCAUCGACUUACGGAGUGGCGAUAAGUUGAGAAGAGAGCAUAUCAAGCCUUUCUCACUGAUGUUUAAAGACUCCAGCCUGGAAGAGAAGUACUCCCAGAUGAGAGAUGAGGUGUUCAAGUCCAACCUGGUGUGCGCCUUCAUCGUGCUCAUCUUCAUCACCACCAUCCAAAGCCUGCUUCCAUCUGCAAGGAUGGUAACCAUGGUGAUCCAGUUCUCAAUCCUCAUCGUCCUCCACUCCUGUCUGGUCCUAGUUACAACGGCGGAAGACUACAAGUGUCUUCCUUUGGUCCUGCGCAAAGCCUGCUGCUGGAUCAACGAGACAUACGCAGCACGAAACGUCAUCAUCUUCGUAUCAAUCCUCAUCAACUUCCUGGCAGCCAUGAUCAAUAUACUGUGGUGCGACUUCGACAAGUCCAGCACCUUCAAGAACCAGACGUACAACGAGUCGGCCUCUAUCCCAGACAUCUGCUUCUACCCAGAGUAUUUUGUGUUCACGGGGGUCCUGGCGAUGGUGACGUGUGCCGUGUUCCUGCGGCUCAACUCGGUGUUGAAGCUGGCGGUGCUGCUGGUGAUGAUCGCCAUCUACUCGCUGCUGACCGAAGCUUUCUACACCUCGCUGUUUGUGCGCUACGACACUGUCCACCACAACACAGAAAACUUCCUGGGGACCAAAGAGACGUCUCUGCUCCUGAUGGCCAUGUUUCUCCUCGCUGUGUUUUAUCACGGCCAGCAGCUGGAGUACACGGCCCGGCUCGACUUCCUGUGGCGCGUCCAAGCUAAAGAGGAGAUCAACGAGAUGAAGGAGCUGCGAGAACACAACGAGAACAUGCUGAGGAACAUCCUGCCCAGCCACGUGGCCCGACACUUCCUGGAGAAGGACCGGGACAACGAGGAGCUGUACUCCCAGUCCUAUGAUGCCGUGGGCGUGAUGUUCGCAUCCAUCCCGGGCUUCGCAGACUUCUACUCCCAGACUGAGAUGAAUAACCAGGGAGUCGAGUGCCUGCGGCUGCUCAACGAGAUCAUCGCCGACUUCGACGAGUUGCUUGGUGAGGAACGUUUCCAGGACAUCGAGAAGAUCAAGACGAUCGGCAGCACCUACAUGGCCGUCUCCGGUCUGUCGCCGGAAAAACAGCAAUGCGAAGAUAAAUGGGGUCACCUGUGCGCGUUGGCCGACUUCGCCAUCGCCCUCAACGAGAGCAUCCAGGAGAUCAACAAGCACUCCUUCAACAACUUCGAGCUGAGGAUUGGUAUGGCCCACGGCUCAGUGGUGGCGGGCGUGAUCGGCGCCAAGAAACCUCAGUACGACAUCUGGGGGAAGACGGUGAACCUGGCCAGCCGUAUGGACAGCACGGGGGUCAGCGGCAAGAUCCAGGUCCCCGAGGAGACCUACCUGAUCCUGAAGGAGCGCGGCUUCGCCUUCGAGUACCGCGGCGAGAUCUACGUGAAGGGCAUCAGCGAGCAGGAGGGCAAGAUCCGAACACACUUCUUGCUUGGCCGGGUGCAGCCCAACCCACUCAUCCUGCAGCCUCGCAAAAUCACUGGCCAGUACUCGCUGGCAGCCGUGGUGCUUGGCCUGGUGCAGUCGCUCAACAGGCAGAAGCAAAAGCAGAUCCUCAACGAGAACAACAACUCGGGCAUCAUGAAGGGCCACCACCACUACAACCGGAGGACGUUGUUAGCGCCCGGUGGCUCCGAGGUGGGAGGGGGGCAUCACACUGAAGUAGCUGAUAAGACUGAGCUGUCCUGAAGAGCAGACUGGAGUUUUAGUUCCACACAGGGUUCUCAGAGGCAGAGCUGCUCUUCAGGCAGAAAGUAUCCCAGUGGUUGAGUUGAACUUAUAUGGGUGCAGCUGAAGAAUGUCCGUCUUCUGGCUACGUAACGUUAGGACACAGGCACAGUUAUUCGGGAAUCAUAUGAACUUCAGCAUUCCAGUACUGAAAGCUUCACCUGGUUCCAGUCAGACCUCGGAAUGGUCCCCCAUAUUUCUGUUUUUUUUUUUUAGCAGUAGGUCCGAUGUUGUGCAUACUGACGGCUGUUUCCCCAGCUGGAAGAACCAAUCAGACCUUUGUAGGCAGGAUUAAUAACAGGGACAUCAUGGUUCCUGCACCAGAGCCAGAAUCCAUUCUAAACAUAGAUGACUGACGGUGGUAUCAUCAACGGGAUCAAUACAUUUGUUUCUACUUGUUAGGAACUGAAUCCAUUAUUAGAUUUCGUCAAAUCUUUUUAAGCUGGAGAUGUACUUGUUGUGUUGGGUUACGUUCUGAGGACGUGCACAACCAACGGUCCAAUGGGACGCAGGAUACACGAGGCAGCCAUCAUGCGUACACGAAAACCCACUUAAAAGCAAUUAUAUCUCCGGCCUUAAACCUUCUGACACUAAUCCCUAAUGAUUCUGAAACAAAGCUGCAGAGAAGGGUGUUAUGGGUUGCAGAGGCAUUUUGAAGACUCGCAAAAAGUCCCAAAUCCCAAGAACUUGGAGCCAAUUUCACAAAAGUAGUUUGCAAGAACACACAGGUUGCAUAAUGAAUUGGAUAGGGCUCGAAUAUGAUCAUGCCGGAGUCCCAAGUUGUUGUUGUGAUUAGUGAAGCUUCAAAAUUCGCACAAGAGGAAAUUAUCUCAUGUAGCAAAUUCAGCCUGACUGCGCUAGAUGGUUUACGAAACAGAAACAAAAAAGCGGGGAAAAUUGUAGGAAACAGGUAAUUGAGUUUACUUCCUCAAGGGAUGCUGAUUGGUCCGGUACCACUGUAGUUCGGCCACAAAUGCACAGAUUGAAGCCUGGCAAGAUGGAUUCUUGCGUGAUCUUGAGUCCAGCUGCCCCCUUACGAAUGAGACCCCCAAGCGUUACAUAAGCUGUUGGGACACAAGUUCAAAUUGGAUAACACUAACGUUAUCCAUACAAGAAUGAAACAAACAGCCAUGUAUGUUCCCCUACAUUCAACCCAGAGAAACAUGUUGCAGCCUUAAAGGUCCCCUGUGGAGUUUUUGACCACUACUAGCACUACGGAGCAAUGUUUUAACGUGUCGGGACCCUGUUUUGUUUGUUCUCGGACGUACAUGAAUCCACAGAUGUACAAAAAAAUUAAAUAAAUGCUGGUUUCAAACAAGAAAAAUAGACAAAUGUUUUACAUGGAAAUACAACAAGUUUGUUAGUGUUUUGGCGAGAAACACUGAAUGUAAACAGAAACUUUGUUGUUUGUUUACAAGAAAACUCCACAGGGCAGCUUUAAUCCUACAGCCAGGUGUAGGCAGGAUAUCUGGAAAACGUAGCUACAUAUUCAUUUUGGUUGAGUCUUUUGUUGCUAAAACCUGAGGUCAAUUAGCAGGUUAGCCUAGCUGAGCUAACAAGUGGCUUUCCGAGGUAAUCUUGUAAUCUAGCCUGCUGACCUUUCAACAUCAUGAAUGUCACGUAAGAAUGAAUACAAUCGCUUACAUUUUUUUCACCAAAGUUACUUUUCCAGGUUUGCCAGUCAGCCCAAAUUUGUCUGUGAACGUUUCUGUGGCUCCUCCCACUCAGGUGUAACUCAACCAAUGAGAUUAUUUCUGCCUCCUGAUGCAGCUCUGCUUCUGACGUUUGUAGAACUGAAAUUCCACUUUGUUCCUGAAGGAGGAGGAGGUGGAGGAGGAUGAAAAGGAGCAGGAGGAGGUGGGGUAGGGAGGGAGGGAGGGACUGGACGGGACCGCCGCGUUCUGUUUUCAUCCGCCCUCAUCUGUUCGAUGUCUGUGUGACUGAUCCCCUCGGACUGUCUGACGUUCCUCCUGUCGUUUCAACUUCCCCUUUUUAUGUCACCCGGCAACCGACCCACCCCCAAAACCCAGAAACCCCAUCCCGCUCUGACCCUCGCCCGGUGUCGAUGUUUCUUUUUUGUAUUUCUUUUAUAUAUGAGAACACAAUAAAAGGGGUCUAAUUUUUUAUAUAA